AUGGAUGGCGUGCCUGUGUCUGGGCCGCGUCGAUGCCACGCGGCAGGACUGUACAUGUGCCUAUGGACGGCGAGCCUGUGUCUGGGCCUGUUGGGCACACGGGCCCUCCAGUGCCCGUUCGUCGUUGCAGGUGUGCGCGGGCCCGCGAGGGCAGGCCCCGGAGCCCCGGCCGGGGGGCCCGAGGCCGACGGGAGCGCAGGCACCGCGAGGGCCAGCCAGGCCGCGGGGGCCACCGACGCCACGGGGGCCGCCGAGGCCGAAGUGGCGGCCGAGCCUGGUGAUGCCCGGGCCCGCGGACGCGUCACGCCCGCACCAAAAGAGGUGCCCUUCCCAUGA